UAUUUUAUAAGUAUUUUUUUAAUUGUGAUUUAAAUUCAUAUUAUUGUUUAAUUAUUUUUAUAUUGUUAAAAAUGUAUACCCGCUGGUAUAUAAAGCGUUAUGUGAUAUAUUUAUAUAUAUAUGCAUACAUAUGUGUGUAAUACAAUAAUCUAAAAUAUUUUUAAUGUUAUGUAUUUACGAUAAAAAAUGUCAAUAGAAUUAAAAAAAAAUAAAGAAGAAUCUCAAUUUUUUUCUAUUAAAACCAAAACAGCAUGGCAGAAUUCAAACAAAAACUAAAGAAUCUCUUAGAUGCUAAGACUGCUGUGAAGGUUCCACUAAUAGGAUCACAAGACUUUUGGGACAUUCCUGAAAGAAAAAGUGACUCACUUUUAUUAAAAGCAGUAAAUAAUGAAAAUUUUGUCGAAAAGUGUGAUGCUGAACUUGUAUCAAAUAUAGAUCAAGUAUAUUUUAACAGUUCUGACUUCGAUUUUACUAAAUUUGAACUAGAAAAAUUACCAAGAAUCCUUGAUAAAAAAUUGAUUGCCAAUGAUAUAAAAAAACUAAGGGUACAACAUGAAAUUGUUGAGAAACAACUGCUACAAUUAAUUCUUGAAAAUCAAGCUGCGUGUGAUGAUGAAUUAGACAAAAUUGGCAUGUUACAAAAUAAUUUAAAAUCUAGUCUAGAAAACUGUGAACAUGCUAAGAAUCGCUUAAAACUAGCUAAAAGACAAAUCACUACAGCUGGUUUGGGCCUUUUGGGUAAUUGCAGAAAAAAAUCUUUAAUCCUCGAUUUAUUAAAUUCUUUAAAUAGUAUCAAAAUGCUGUUACAAACUGAAAAAAAACUUGAAGAAUUAGUUUCUCAAGCUAAUUAUGCCAAAGGAAUAGCAUUACUUUUAGAAUGCACACAAGGUGCUUCUGCUUUUAAACAAUUUACUUGCAUUGCUGCGUUAUCUAUUAAACUCCAAGAUGCAUUAAUUAUGACCGAAGAGCAAUUAGACAUUGUCUUAUCAAAUAUGUGUUUCAAUUUUGAUAAUGAAAAGUAUUCAGCUGUUCAAGAAGCUUAUAGGCGCCUGGGUAAAACAAGAAUUGCUAUUGACCAAUUGCAUAUGCAUUAUACAUCAGCAGUCCAUAGUGCUUCGUUUGAUACAAUAAAUUUAUUUGUGAAUGCAGAUAAGGUGGAAAACAAUAAAAAUUCAUUUGCCCUUUUGUGUCAGUGUGUUCCUGAUGAACAGUUAAUUCCGUGUCUUAUUGCAUUGAGUAAAAUAUUUUGGAAUAUUUUACAAAGCUAUAAGAAAGCGGCAGAUUGGCAUAGAGAAUUUAAAGAUAUUAGUACAGAUAUUGAAGAUGAUAUUGAAGAAUGUGUUAAUCAAGAAUAUAUAAGUAAAAAAUUUGAAAUAGGUCCAACACGAUUAUGGGGUGACAUCAUUACUAAAAUAUCUAAUUUAGUAUUCAAUUCCAAUAUGACAAAAUUCAAAUUUGACGACUUUCUUCAAGUGUUGUCUAUAUUAAACAAGCAUAUAAAAAUUGGUGAAGAAUUUUGCAAUAGUAAAUCAGAACAAUUACAAAAUGAUACCAAAAAGUCUUGUAUCAGUUAUUUUCAUACCUAUCAUAAAAAUUGUCUGGAUGAGCUAACAAUAUUUUUUGAAAAUGAAAGUUGGACUCCUUGUCCAGUAAAACGUGAAUUUAAGUUAUUUCAACUACAAGAAUUUAGAACAAUUAAAAAUCAUAUCCAAAAAAGUGAUUCAUCUCGUCUAAGUCAUAGUAGAAAUUCGUCUAUGGACAGUAGCUCUAUUAGUACAUGUGAAUAUUUUCAUUUCUCAUCAGAAAAAUCACCAUUUGAUACUGAUUUAAAUUCUACAUAUUGUGAAGAUAUAUUGGAUACAGAAAUGGAUGGAAAUAGUGUUUGUAGUGAUGAUACUAAUAACAGCUAUGAAGACACAGAUAAUUAUAAUAUAACAGCAGAUAACUAUGAAAAACCACCUUUGCUUACAAAUACAACAUUAACAGUGAUGAGACAUUGUGGAAAGUACUUAAAAAUAUGUAAUAUAUUAAAAUCAAUAUCAGAAGAUGUAGUCACUUGCUUAUGUCAACUGUUUGAAUAUUAUUUGUAUUCUGUCCAUUUGUUAUUUACAUCAGACAUGUUGCCUCAAAUAUGUAGUGGUGUAAAUAGUGUAAAGCUUCAAUCAGUAAUAACAAGAAUAUGCAACACUCUGAUUCAAUGUAAUUCUGAAAAUCAAGAUCCAUUUAUCCGUGAACCUGUAGCACUUCACGUGUUAAGUCUAUCAGAUGCAAAUAAUUUAUAUAGUGUUUCUGAACGAAUUGUUGCUGUAGAAUCAUUAAUGUUUUUAGGAGAGCAAUACAAGCUAUUACAUACUUAUUUAAAUACAUUAUUAACAUCGGAUACCAGCAGUUAUUCACUGCAGCAAUUUUAUAAUCAAACUGUAGCAGUAGCUGUAGAUUUACGAAAGCCAGUAUAUGGUCGUGUGGUGUGUAAAUCUAUUGAUUAUAAUCAAGUACUUAGCAUGAUGACCAAAGUCAAUUGGGAGGUAAAAGAUAUCAUGUGUGAACACAGCAAAUAUGUUGAUUAUUUCCUCCAAGAAUUACGAGUAUUUUUUAAAACUCUUAAAACAUCAACAUCAAAUAUUUACUUAAAUGAGCAGGUAUUACAUUCUAUUUGGGAAGCUAUAGCUGUUCUAGUGUCGUCUGUUUUUAUCGAAGGAUUUUCAUUAGCCAAAAAAUGUUCAAAUGCUGGUCGAGCAUUAAUGCAACUUGAUUUCACGCAGUUCAUGUCACAAAUAAACUCAAUUUGCCCUAUCAAUCCAUUACCGCAUAAAGAACUAGUUGAAGUGUAUAUCAAGGCUUAUUAUUUACCUGAAACAUCAUUGGAGACAUGGACAAGAGAUCAUCAGGAAUACACACAUAAACAACUAUUAGCUGUUAUAAACUGUGUGUGUCAAAACAAUAAACGGUUACGACAAAAGCUGACAAAUUUAUUAGAAGAAUCUCAACAAAGAUAAUCUCAUUUUCAUUACUAAAUAGUAAUACAGAAGAAAAGCUUAUGCUCGUAAGCAUUCAACAAAUGCUCAAUAACUAUGAGGUGGAUUUCAAGAAAAAUGAUCUGACAAUGACCUACUAAUCUACUUAAUUUUUAAUAGGAACCAAGCUGAUAAAUUUACUAUUUAGUAACAUUUUGUUAAGAUUGAUGAGAGAUAUUGUCAAUGCUGGCUUAUAUUUUUAAAAACUUCUCUUACCCCUUUUGAUAACUCAUACAAGUUAACAAUAGAUACAAUACGUUUUUAGCAUUUCAUUGUUACUAAUCUAGGAAUAUCUAUCAAGAUUUAUAAAUACAUAUUAUAAUUCUAAAAUAUGUAUAAUCCUCAAUGUGAUUUUUGGUACCUAUAACUUAUACCUAAGCAUAUAUUCAUAAUUACUAAUCUAUGGGGAAUGGGGAUUAGAAGUUACUUCUAAUUUAAAUCCUUUAUUAUUAUCCAAUUAUAAAUAUUAGACCUAUAAGUUAACAAUAACUGAAAUUAACAAUCUACUACAAAACAUUGAUUUUUCUAAUCAAUUUUUUACUUUUAAAAACUAGUAUAUAGAGAAAUAAUAAUUUGAUAUGGAUUAUUUCUUUAAUUCUA